AGGGUUAAAAUGUAAGAAACUAAACUUCUAAACCUAUGCAGGAAAAUAGCAAAACAAAUCAUUAUCUUUACAUUUUAUAACAACCAAUGGAAUACAGGGAGUAAACAAUAAAUAAAAGAGAAAUCUAAAACCCUUCCCCUUCCUUCCUUAAGCGCAGUCGCUCCGUUGGUCUCUUCUUCUUCAUCGCGAUUCCGAUUAAUCGGAGAGUCGACUCGGAACGAUAACGAUCUUCGCUCCAUCUCCUACUAUCAGCGUUUGAACAUCAGUAGCUAUGUUUAACCUAAGUAGGAUCAUUCCUCGUCUACACUCGGUUUCCCUUAACCCUAGCACGACUGCGUCUGCGUCUCUGAUCGAGAACGCCCCGAGAAUCUUCCAAUCUCUCGGAAACCGAGCAUUUUCCGGGAAACCAGGCUCCGACGGAUCUGGAGGCAACGAGAACGGUUGGGACAUCGCGACGGGAGGAUCGUUCGGUGAUCGUUCUGAUGAUCUUGAUUGGGAUCACAAAUCAAUGUGGUCGACUGGUUUAAGCAAGGAGCAUUUCGACGGCGUCUCCGUUGGCCGUCAGAGCAACGAGAAUCCUUCUUCUGAUUCAGGCGAUGUGAUGAGCAGGUUAGGUCCGAGAGAAGUCGCCAUGGUUAACGAGAUGAAUGAGUAUGAUGAUAUGAUCAAGGAGAUUGAGAAAGAGAAUAGGCAUAGCAGGGUUUUUGUUGAUGGGAUUAAGCAGAAGAUGAUGGAGAUGAGUGUGUUGCUGAAGCAAGUCAAGGAGCCUGGUGCUAGAGGUUCUUAUCUUAAGGACUCUGAGAAGACUGAGAUGUACAGGUUGCAUAAAGAGAAUCCUGAGGUUUAUACCGUUGAGAGGCUUGCUAAGGAUUAUAGGAUCAUGAGGCAGCGUGUUCACGCCAUUCUUUUUCUUAAAGAGGAUGAAGAAGAAGAGGAGAGGAAGCUUGGUCGUCCCUUGGAUGAUUCCGUUGAGCGUUUGCUUGAUGAGUACCCUGAGUUUUUUGUUUCACAUGACCGGGAAUUUCAUGUGGCCUCACUCAGUUACAAGCCCGACUUUAAGGUCAUGCCAGAAGGAUGGGAUGGUACAAUCAAAGAUAUGGAUGAAGUUCACUAUGAGAUCUCAAAGAAAGAGGAUGACAUUCUUUACGAAGAAUUUCUCAGGAGGUUUGAGUUCAACAAAUUGAAAUGGAAAGGAGAAGUGAAGUGCCACAAGUACAGCAGAAGACGUUCAUCAGAUGGAUGGAAAAUCACGGUUGAGAAAUUGGGUCCUCAAGGCAAGCGUGGAAAUGGAGGUGGCUGGAAGUUUGUGAGUCUUCCUGAUGGAUCGAGUCGGCCUCUCAACGAAGUGGAGAAGAUGUAUGUUAAGCGUGAAGCACCACGUCGCCGCCGUAAGAUUCUCCCUUGAAGUUACUAGAAACAGACUCCAUCAACGGUAAUUGGAAUGUUAUGUCUCCCUUGAGGAGUGUCAAAGUUGAAACUACUUUGCGUUGUUUAAUCUUUUGUUGAAUAGUAACAUCGGUAGCUCUUUUUUUUUGUUUUUAGCUCUUGCAUUUCUCUGUGGCCCAGUGGUUCAAAUAAUCUUAAGACCCAAACAUUUCAGAAUUUCUGAGGUUAUAGACCAAACAUUACAGAAACA